AUGGGAGUACUGGCGGCUUGUGUUCUUGGGCUGCUUGGAGGGCUGCAUGGCUCUCGGGUCGAGGAGACUGAAGAAAUGGAGAUGAUGAAAGAAAUGCAUGAAAAGGCUUUGGAUUGUAGGUUUGACAGGUCAAAGAUGGAAGAGAUGGAAAGAUCUCUUGAGAGAACUGUUGGCUUUGACACGAAGGUGCUGAUUCCAGUUAUUUUUCAUGGUAGUAAGGUUGUUGCAUCGCCUGUCACGAGAUACUGGGAGAUAGAGAAGGAAGAAAGAAGGUAUACCGAAAGAGUUAUCAAGCUGCUUCCAGGGCUGGCAUGGCACUUGAUGGUGUGUGUAUAUGUGGAGGGGUGUGGAGAUUGGAUUUCUGAUUUAACGCACAAGGUUUUUUCGGCGACCUCUUUCUGGAGGCCUGAUCUCGUUGCUCUGUACAAGAAUGGCAAGAAGAGAGACGGAAUGAAGUUUGUAGACUUAGUGGUGGAAGUGUUCAGGCGGAAUAGAUGUAUGGUUGGCAGGUUUGGGGAUUCACUUGCUCGUUUGGCAGAGGCUCGUCUGCAGAGGAUAUCGGGGUCUCUGUCGCCUGGGGAAAGGAAGAAAGAAGAGGAGAUGCUAUGGAAGAUCAAGGAGUAUGGAGAAAGGUUGUGUACCGAAAAAAGGCAGGAAGAGAUAGUUAAGGCACAGAAGAUAAUGUGCGAUGCGUGUGCAUAUAUUUGGGGGCGGGAGAGUGACCGAAGGAGUUUUCUUCUUGAGGCAUAUUCGAAGCAUCUAUGUUUAAGAAUGGUAGAUCCUAGUGUAGGUGUGGAAGGGCUGUUAGCUCAUUGUAUGGGCCACUCUAAGCUAAUAAGGACGUACGAAGAACAUCAGGUGGAUGUUGCGGGAGAGUUGGUCUUACAGGUAUUUUUAGGAAAUAAAGAUAUUGAUGAUGAGAGCAUCAACAAUGCAGUUCGUGAAGUUAGAGAGAGAAAAGAAGCUGAGAGAAUAAGAAAAGAAGAGAAGAGAAUAAGAAAGGAGGAGGAAAGGGCCAAGAAUGAGGAGGAGCUGUUGAGGAUGGUAGAGAGUGAAGAGGGCAAGAGUGGAGAGGGAGAAGAGGGAUGCAGGAGAGGCUAA